AUGGACGUUGUACACAGUAGGACCACGUUGGGACAUGGGGCGAUGGACAUCAGCAUCCAGGGCCCAGGAGUUGCCGCCCAGCACUGCUACAUAGAGAACCGGGCAGGGAUCAUCACUCUCCACCCCUGUGGGAACCAGUGUGCCAUAGACGGGCUUCCUGUCACCAAACCGGUCCGCCUGUCACAAGGUUGUAUGCUGUGUUUUGGCCAGUCGGCUUUUUUCCGCUUCAACCACCCAGAGGAGGCGUUCAGGAUGAAGAGCAUGAUGCCAGAGGGAAGCAGGGGCUCUGGCCUACCGUUUUAUGUAUUCCCUACAGAUACAGUGAGCCUGGUCAAUGGGAACCAUCAGUCAGGAGCGUCCCAGUCGCGCCACCCAGCCCCCGGGGAGAGAGACUCCCGCUCCGAGCAUAGUGCCAUCGUCAGCUCCAUCGAAAAGGACCUCCAGGACAUCAUGGACUCCCUAGUCAUGGAUGAUCCCCAGCCUUCCUCUUCAGACCACCCCAUCCCCCACUCCCCGCUGUCCCCCAUGGUCAACGGAGGAGGCCGAUACCUCCUCUCCCCUCCCACCAGCCCAGGAGCCAUGUCGGUGGGCUCCAGCUAUGAGAACACCUCCCCACCCUUCUCCCCCCUGUCCUCUCCCUCGGCGGCCAGCAGCGCAGGCAGCUACACCAGCCCUUCUCCCAGCGGCUGCCUGGACCCCCAGGACCCAUCCCUGCCCCCCGUGCCGGUCCGCUCAUCCAGCUACAACUACACAACUACACCACCCAUCCCCCAGCCAAGGACCAUACUGACCAACUACAGCCCUGGCGGUGGGGGGCAGAGGGUUUCUGAGAGCCCUAGGCACCAGAGGAAAGGUAUCCUGGAAGCCCCCCAGAGCCCCAAGCCAGCCCGCAGAGGCCAGAGCCUGGACAGCCCAGGGGGGGUGGGUUCAGAGAGCCCUAGACUGACCCACCUAUCUGUUGCCUCAGCCGAUGCCGGGUACAUGGGCAUGGGCAGGAACGCAGUGCCAAGUAGCCCCAGACUCACGGCCAAGUUCCCCUACACCUCCACGUCCUCCUCCUCAUCCAGUCCCAGGACGAAAGCGGGCACCAUCCUCCAGGAGCGCCCGGCCAGCCCCUUCAGAGAGCAAGCGGACCACUCCCUCACUUCCAGCCCCUCCAGACAGCUGCUAUCCCAGCCCAGCAGGGCCUUUCAGCCUCCCCUGGACCCCAUCGUCCACAUCAUCCAGGGGGGCUCUCCACUCCAGCAGCACCACCCCUUCCCCCACCCCCGCACGCUGCAGCCCCCAGAGAGCCCUCGACUGUCUCGCAGGAACCUUGAGCUCAGCAGCGGUGGCAGCAGCAUGAAGGAGCUCCCACCUCUCAGCCCCUCCACGGCUCGCAGAGGGGUGCCUGUUCUCCCGGGGGCUCUCCCUGGGAGUAUCCCCACGUUGAGAACGCCUGAGAGCCCAUCAUCAUCAUCAUUGGGGAAGUUGGGAGUCCCGGAGAGCCCCAGGCUCCUACGCAAGGCCGGGUCCCCCGCGGAGGACCAGUUUGGCAGCAGUGUGGUCCGAGCCCGCAGCCCCUCCCCCACAUCAGGGUUGAUGAUGAUGGAGAGUGGGGGAGGGGGGAGGAAGGCCAGCUUUGGGAACGCCCUCUCCCCUGCUUACAGCCUGGGCUCUCUGCCUGGCUCCUCGCCUCUCGCCAGCCCCAGGGGCCAUAGGAAGAUGUCUGGGGGCCCCCGGGAUCAGAGGGGCCCCCACCCGGGCAUGCGGGAGCGCAAAAACAGCAUCUCUGAGAUCAGCGACAACGAGGACGAGCUGUUGGAGUACCACCGGCGCCAGAGAGAGGAGAGGCUCAGGGAGCAGGAGAUGGAGAGACUGGAGAGGCAGAGGCUGGAGACCAUCCUGAACCUGUGUGCCGAGUACAACAAGGGCGACGGGCCCUUGGGGGGUGAGGCAGAGGGGAGGAUGGGCUUCCCUGGGGGCCUGGGACCGGGGGAGGGGGAGGCCAGGAGACCCUCUAUGGACAACUUGGCAGGGUCCAGCUCGCUGCGUCGUAGCAUGGCCCAGAGACAGCAGAGGGAGAGCGACGAGGAGAACCUCAAGGAGGAGUGCAGCAGUACAGAGAGCACCCAUCAGGAGGUGAGGAUGCCACUUCCUCCCCAGGCCCUCCACAAUGGAGACCGAUACCAGCAUGAAGAGCAGUCUGUUUCUGGCGGCCCGGGGCGGACAGAGCUGGGUUACCUGGAGGACGAGAGGGUCAGAGUGCUGGCCCGAGUCGACGAGCUCAAAUCACGAAUUACAGACCUGGAGCAACAGCUACAGGAGUCCAAGCAGGAGGCGGAGAUGGAGCGGGCCCUGCUGCAGGGGGAGAGGCAGGCGGAACUGGACCAGAUAGAGGCAGAGACAGAGAUCAUCGGACAGCUGCAACACAAGCGCAACGAGCUGGAGAACGCCAUCCAGAGGGAGAAAGACAAGGAGGGCGAGACCCUGGAGUCAGAGACAAAGCAGUUUGAGGACCUGGAGUUCCAGCAGCUGGAGAGGGAAAGCAGCCUGGAGGAGGAGAGGGAGACCAUCAGUCAGCAGCUGCUGCAGGAGAGGGCCGAGUACCACACCAGCGUGGCCAAGAGGAAGGACAAGGUGGCAGCUCUGGAAGGCCAGGCCAGUCAGCUGGGACAGCAGGCGUCUCAGGAGUGUGACAGGCUGGCUAAGGACAGGAACCUUACCCUGCAGAUGCUCCAUAAGGAGAAAGAGAGACUAUCGGCCCUGGAGAAGAGGUACCUCAGCCUUACUGGAGGAAGGUCUUUCCCUAAGAGUUCCAGCACCAUGAAAGAGGUGUUCCGCUCCAAGCUGGACAGUGAUGCUGGACAGACGGUACAUCAACCCAAAGCAGGCUCCGGAUCCCACCUGCAGUGCGGAGCUGCCACACUGGGACGCAACACAACCUCCAAGAGGCCGCUGAUGGUUCCCAACAGUACCGGCAGUUUGCCACGGAACUUGGCUGCCACCAUGCAGGACAUAGAGACCAAGAGAGCGCUAGCCUUACAGCAGAAAGGCCACCAGGUGAUCGAGGAGCAGCGUCGUCGAUUGGCUGAGCUGAAGCAGCGGGCUGCAGUGGAGGCCCAGUGCCAGUGGGAUGCGCUCCACGGCUCUCAGACCCACCUCAGCACCCAGUAUGCCCCUUCCCAUGCCCACGGACCUCCCAUGGUGCACCACUCCAUCCUGCACCACCAGCCGCCGCCGGCGGGCGAGCAGCCGUACGACACACUGAGUCUGGAGAGCUCUGACAGCAUGGACACCAGCGUCUCCACCGGCAACAACUCGGCCUGCUCCCCCGACAACAUGUCCAGUGCCAGUGGGAUGGACGCGCUGAAGAUCGAGGAGAUGGAGAAGAUGCUGAAAGAAGCCCACCUAGAGAAGGCCAGGCUCAUAGAAUCCAGAGAGCGUGAGAGCCAUGCCCGUAGGCAGAUGCUGGAGGAGGAGAGGAGGCGGCGCGAGGAGGCAGAGAAGAGGCUUCAGGAGGAGACGGUGCACAGGCAGCAGCUGGUGGACAAGGAGGUGAAGAUGAGAAGCAAGAACUUCUCCCAGGCCCGUCCUAUGACUCGUUACCUGCCCAUCCGCAAGGAGGAGUUUGACCUGCGCUCCCACAUCGAGUCAUCCGGCCACAACGUGGAGACCUCUCACCACGUGAUCCUCACAGACAAGAUGUGCAAGGGUUACCUGGUCAAGAUGGGAGGCAAGAUCAAGUCGUGGAAGAAACGCUGGUUUGUCUUCGACCGCCUCAAAAGGACCUUCUCCUAUUACGUUGACAAGCACGAGACCAAACUGAAAGGAGUCAUCUACUUCCAGGCCAUUGAAGAGGUCUACUACGAUCACUUGCGUAUCGCCACGAAGAGCCCCAAUCCCUCGUUGACCUUCUGUGUGAAGACUCAUGACAGACUCUACUACAUGGUGGCCCCUGCCCCGGAGGCCAUGAGGAUAUGGAUGGAUGUUAUAGUAACCGGAGCCGAGGGCUACACGCAGUUCAUGAACUAAUAGGGGAGACUUGCGUACGUUGACAUAAGGAGACUGUUUCGGCAGGAACACUUCAAUAGAUUCAGGCCUUUCCUUCUAGCGCCUCUCCCAAUGUUGGGAAAUUGCCUUUUUAUUUUGUUACGUUCAUUAUAUCUAUUUUUAAAUCUCACAUCUCUCACUUUACAAUAGACAUUUUUUCUCCACUGGUUUUUCUACUUGCUUCUGCCCACUGAUUAAAAAAGGGAGCCCUGGACGAGAGACACACACACACUGUAUAUAACCAAAAGCCUUUCUAUAUUGCCAAAUGGAGAUCUUGUUUUAGUUACAGGCUCUUGUGUGAGAGCUAUUUUGUGUAUCAGUAAAUGUCUUUGAUAGUUUUUUUUUCACACACUAUAUGGAAUAUUGCCAAAUGACAUAACAAUAGUUUCAAACAGAUGGUCGUUUUUAUGGAAUGUUUCAAAUAGAACACGAAGGCAUUUGCCCAAAUCUACUUAAGUUUAUCAGUGAGCGAAAGAUGUAAUCAUUUAAGAAAUGCUUAAAAGAAAUUCUAUUGAAAAUGUUGGAGAAUAAACCGAAUUUAAAAUCAGUAAGACCAUGACACAACACACCAACUCAGGAGUCCAUACUUAAUUUGAGUUCCCGUCACAGAUGAAACUAGAUCUUGAUCCAUCUCUGUGAUCUUACUCUACUGCUGAACUAGAUUCUACUGUGUCCGUCUUGUCCUUUGCAACUCCUAAAGACACACACACACAGUCUGUUUGCCAAGUCCUGAUAACUUGAUCUUAUGAUAACUCGACCCCUUACGUAAACAGCCAUUCCAUCACUGCCAGCCUACAACACCAGGAGCUCUAGGGACUACAUAAAUGAGACAACAGUACAUGUCAUUAUAAUAAUGAUAAUGAUGCUGUGCCUUGAUGUGUCAUAAUACUCCUAGUCUGUAACUGUUGAUCGUGCUGUUCUACAAUCUUUGUUAACAGUAUCAGAAUUCAACAGACUUGCAUGGGGAAGGGAGAGGGGAGUCUGACUGCUGUUUUGAUGCAGCAAUACACAAGUACAUGUGAAGAGUAACCUCCCCUGAAUUCCAAAUCAAGUUCAAGCCCCCACUACAUCCUAUGUUCUUGUGUAGAUCUGAGAGGAUUGGAUUGGUAAACAGGUGGUUGCUCCAUACUGCUCUCUGAUACGCCAGGUGGAAUUGUCGCAAUAUAAUAUUGCUUACACUUAUCCAAUUCUUUCAGAUCUCCACAAAUGCACAGGAAUUUUGGAUUCAGGGUGCGUUUCAGCUUUAAUAGAACGUCAUGAUCUGGUAGCUUGACCUAAUCAUUGUAAAGGACUCAGACAGGCUACACGAUCACAACAACAUUUAUUAAUCACCAUCUGAAUAUCUUUUUAAAGAAGACUAUGCUGUGAUUUUGAACAUGUAAACCUGAGUGUAAACCUGAGAGUUCAGGUUUAUUGAGAAGCAUUGUGAAAUGUAGUUAUUUUUUUCUAUUUAUGGCUAACCUGCCUGAGAUACAGUGGUACUGUAAACCAUGUCACUGUCAAGUAGAGGAAAAGAGACUAGUGAGAAAAGACCUUAAUAUAUUUUCCCGUUUAUAUUUUUCCCAGGUGCAACCAAAUAUUCAGCAUUGGUCAGAGGUAUAUCAAAGUGUUAUAAAAAAAAAAAAAAACUUUUAUACUGUAAAAAGAUGCCUGUA